AUGGUCAAGCCUAGCUUCAUCUCUGCCGGCUUGCUGGCACUAUGCAUUGCCCUUGCUACCGCUCCUCAGCCUGUAGCCGGCGACUGGCUGCAGGACUUUACCAAGGGCGGAAGCAAGGCCUUUGACUCUGCUUUCACCACCUGGUCCGAGUCCGACCUCCGAACCUACCUCCUCGACCGAGGCAUCAUUGCCCCCUACAGCACCGGCGAGCAACUCCGUCAGAUGGCUAAGCAGGAUUACGACAAACUCGUCUCUUCCGCUAGCUCUGGUUCCGGUGCUGCCAAGGCGGCUGCCUCUUCGCAGUUCAACUCAGCCUCAAGUGCAGCCGCCUCUGUUCAGUCUGCUGUAAGCUCGUACGCCGCUCAACCUGGCAACUCGGCUUCGAGCCUUGCGCUCACCAAUCUUUACUAUCCUCUUUGCAAAUCCGCCGCUUUGCUCGGUUCACAGGCUUCCGCAUACGCCGCCAACGCUUCCGCCUCCGCUUACAGCCUUUCCAAGAAUGCACCCGGCGCUUCCGAUGUCAGCAAGAGCGCCAAGAGUGCUGCUACCCAGGCCAGCAAGAGUGGCAACUCGAUCUACAAUGCCGCCUCCAAGAGCGGCUCUUCGGCUUACGCUCAAGCUUCGCACGCCGUCAACAAGGCCAUCGACGACAGUACCGAUUACGUCUACUCGACUUGGAACGAUAACGACUUGCGCUCAUUCUUGGAGUCCAAGGGUAUUAUCACGUCCAACACCCAAGCUACUCGAGAUGAGUUGCUCGCCAAGAUGAAGGAUGCAUACAGCACCACUGUUGAUGCUCCUUAUGAGACUUUCAGUGAUAGCUACCUUCACAACUGGCUCGUUGAUCACGGUGUUAUCAAGAGCCCAGCUCAGAAGACACGAGAUGAAUACCUCGCUCUCGCCAAAGACUACUACACUACCGGAACCGAAAACGUCUACGACACCUGGAAGGAGAGCGAUAUGCGCGAUUGGCUCAUCAAGAACAACUACAUCAAGUCUGACUACCAAGCCAAACGUGACGAUUAUCUCGACUUGAUUCGAAAGAACUACAACUCGGCCGAAUCUGAAAUCUGGUCUUCCUGGACCGACAGCGAUCUGCGUAACUGGCUGAUUAACAACGGAUACAUGAAGUCCGACGCUCAGGCUAAGCGCGACGAACUCUUGAAGCUGGCUCAAAAGCAUGGGAAGGAGGCGAACAAGGAGGCAAAGGAGUACAUCUCUUGGAGCGAUGCUCGUCUGCGUGAGUAUCUCAGGAGCAGCGGUAUGCCACUGGAAGCGAUCCCCAAGAAGAGGGACGAGUUGUUGAGGCAGAUGAGGGCUAGAUACACCGGUCACAGGGGCAUUUUCAGUUAUAUCAAGGAUGGUGUCAGACAGGCCUACUUUGGUGUACAGGAUAUUUUGGGUAGUGGACAACAGACGGCGGCUCAUGCCAGCAUCAGUGCUAGUGGAGCAGCUAGUCAGGCUAGUGCCAGUGCUGCCAGCGCUACUGCUAGGGUUAAGGACGAGUUCUAA